UCCGGGAGAUGUUCCCAAUACACGCUGAGAUAUGCAUGCGGGGCACCAAUUUAAUCUCUCUGCAUUUACCAAAAUUUUUCCAAUCUUCCUCGUUUGGUCUACAUUUGAUCACAGCUCGUUCUCCCUCGUUAGUAUUUAGCCGCGUUUUUCUUUUGAAAGUUGCUUCUUUUAAUGGCGAUUUUGAGAGGGAGCAAUGCUCGAAAAACCGUUGGAACUUCAUCAAAUCCCUCUACCCAAAUGGCUUCUCUCCCGCAGAGGUUUCCGAAAUUAUUAUUCGCCUCAGGAACAAUCCCCGUCUAUCCCUUCGCUUCUUUCUUUGGGCAGAAAAGAAGUCCCUCUGCACGCACGACCUCCUCUCUUACGCCACCAUUAUUCACAUUCUCGCCAGGGCUCGCCUCAAAACCCUAUCAGAAACCUUAAUUGGAAAAGCCAUGCGACUUUCCCAAGUAAACAACAUUGACGAUUCUGAUUUGUCAUCGUUGAGGCCUCCAAAGAUCUUUGAAACCCUAGCGAAGACCUACAGGUCAUGUGAUUCGGCGCCUUUUGUUUUUGAUUUGCUCAUUCGGGCAUGUUUGCAGGCAAAAAAAAUAGAUCAAUCGAUCGAGAUCGUUCGGAUGCUACGGUCUCGCCAGAUUUAUCCCAUGGUUAGCACCUGCAAUUUGUUGAUCCAGUCAGUUUCCCGGUUAAGAGGAUGUGAUGCUGGUUUCACCAUUUAUAAAGAGGUUUUUGGAGUGGAUUACCAAAUUGGGAGUAAAUUCAGGGUUCAGGUUGCUCCGAAUUUGCAGACAUUCAAUAUAUUGAUGCUUUCCUCCUAUCAAGAUGGAAGGACGGAGAGGUUAAAAGAAAUUUGGGCAGAGAUGGUAAAAUUCAGUUGUAAUCCAAAUGUUUUUAGUUACAGUAUUUUAAUGGCUGCACUUUGUGAUGAAGGGAAGAUGGAUGAAGCCCUUGAAUUAUGGGAAGAAAUGCAUACCAAACAAAUUAAGCUUGACGUGAUGGCUUAUAAUACCAUAAUUAGUGGUUUAUGCAAAAUUGGAGAAAUGGGAAGAGCAGAAAAACUUUUCCAAGAGAUGGAACUGAGUGAGAUCGAGAUGACUUGCCUCACCUAUGAGCAUAUGGUCCAAGGAUACUGUAAAAUUGGGAAGGUUGAUUCGGCAAUCCUUUUGUAUAAGGAUAUGUCUAGGAAAGGUUUCGUGCCAGAGGCUUCGACAGUUGAUCAUGUGAUUGGAGCAAUAUGCGAGAAAAGUAGGAUCUCUGAAGGCUUGGACUUUCUAAGAGAUGUGAUGAAACGGCAAGGUUUUUUUCCGCAUAGAGUAAGUUACGAGCUUCUGAUAGGAGGGCUAUGUGUCGAAGGGAAGAUGGAAGAAGCGAUGAAGCUUCAAGCAGAGAUGGUAGGGAAAGGAUUCCCGCCAAAUUCAAAGGUGUACAAUACUUUUAUUGAGGGUUAUAUGAAACAGGGGAAUGAAGAUAAAGCAAGAAAAUUAAGAGCAGAGAUGUAUGAAAUUGGACUGGCCGAGGAAAGAGAUUAGGAUUUUUUUAACCAAUUUGUUCUCAUAGUUUCAUCAAGAAUUUCUUUGCUGCUCUGGGAAAGGAACUUGCUUAGCUUGCAUUUUAUCCUCUCUAUGCCAUUUAUCAUGUGCUCACCGAGGAUGAAGAAGCAAAUGUAAAGAAUAGCAGAAAUGGAAGAAGUGGACUUGAUUGCACUUUUAGCCUAGUUGGCUUCAUUGCAAGGAAGGACUUAAACACAAGAGCUCAACUUUGUGCUGCUCCAGGUGCUUAUCUAUUACAACUAAUGUUUUAUGAAUGAACGUCCUAUCUUAUGGCAAGCCAAAAAGAUCUAAUGCAUAUGUUCUUGGUGUGUGCAAGGUAACCAAAUUUGUGUGGCAUUUAUAUGGAAGCUUUAUUGUAGAUACUAGAUUGGUUAGAAUAUCCUGUAUUGGAGCUCUAAGUGAGAUUGCAUCAAUUUUCAGUCUAGCAUAUGGGAAGAGGGUGAAAGGAAUAUUUUGCUGGCAUUGAAGGCUCCGUAAGCCCACGAUGAUAGGUUAUCUGCCACAUGCACAGAUUAUCUGGAUGAUCCAGACAAACCUUGUGACGAGGAACCUUUUGGAUUAGCUAUUUGUUAUGCAUCCAUGAUCUCUCAUUAGUCAUAUAACCCACUGGAUAUUGUGCCCUUUCCUUUUUCUUUAUGGAUUUUUCUUGAAUUUCUUUUCUUUGAUAACAAGGGUGGGAGAAACAUGUGGUUCAAUUUUGGUCUCACCCCAGAGAGUAUACUUGGAGUUGGAGCACCACGGUUCUAUGUUCCUUCAAUUUAUACGUUAAUUGCUUUGGUGAUGCAUAUGCCUUUCUUUACUUGCAGAAAGAUGUACGCUCAAAUUCUCAGCAUUCUAAGCGAAUGCUGUUGAUGGCAUGUAAAUCUAUUAAUUGAUUUGUAUUUGAUUGAUACUGUAGAAAUGGCAAAUAUAAUACUGUCUGGUACAGUAUUGAAGUUAAUGAAAUUUGUGUCACUUCCUGUCA